GCUUUAGUUCUAGUGUUUUCUCUCAAUCAGCUGCUGCAAACAAAAUCUGAAUCUUUUGACCCGUAGGACAUAGCCUCCCUCUCUCUCUCCUUAGCAUGGCGACUACUACUCCGGAGAUCGAAAAGAAGGUUACAAACGAGGACCCUAAAAUCGAUCUAUUUGAAGACGAUGACGAAUUCGAAGAAUUCGAGAACGAGGAGUGGGAUGAUGACAAGGAAGAUGGAAAAGAAGGCUUGCAGCAGUGGGAAGAUGAUUGGGAUGAUGAUGAUGUUAACGACGACUUCUCCCUGCAGCUGAGGAGGGAAUUGGAGAGCAACUCUGAAAAGAGUUAAUUCUCUCUCCCUCGACUGUCAAUCUCCUUGGAUAAUGUGUGCUCUGCCUUAAACUACCAGUGCUGCCCUCUUUUGUCUGUCUCAAACACAUGUGAAAACAAUGGGUGAUGUGUAAUGUGACUGCUUUGUACUUUGGGAAAAUGCUUAUAAUAGGUCUAAGAGAUUAGAAGGAAAAAAAGAGAAAGAAGGAACUUUUUAGCCAUUACGACUCGACAUUUGAAUAUUGCUCUACAUGAUCAUGUUCAUUGAAUCAUGCUUAUAUUCAUGGUCAUC